CAAGAACUCAUCUUCUUCCACACAUAAACAGACGCAGAGUAGAGAGCCAAAUGAAGCUCUCAGAAAAAAUCAUGUCUUGAGAGUCUUGGAGCUUCUUCGAGCUUCAUGCAGUAUUCAAAGAGCUUCAUUUUUCAUGAACCAUCUAAAGAAAUGGCCUCUAGACCUCUGAUUCAGUUCCCAGCAUUCGCCCCAACUCCAAUUCUCCCGCCUCACCACCGUCCCGCCACCGAAGUCCGCUUCUCACGGUGGAACAACGCCAACGCCGAGAAAUUCAAUCAAAAAAGAAGAACCCAGAAGGAAAUUGAAGACCAGCUUCGUUUCAAGAAACGCUAUGAUUCUGCCCUUAGCAUUGCCCAAAGUUAUAGUCCCGCCCCUCCUACUCCAACCUUCAAGUCCACCGGCACCCCUUCCUCCCCUUCCAAGCCUUCAAUUCCCGGUAAAAAAUCAAAAUAUUCGAAAAACCCAGAAAAUUCUGUUGACGUUCAUCCUGCGUUUAAGCCCCUUUUGAAACAAAGAAGAUUCAAAAUGAGAAGACCCACUGGAACUUCAUUAAAGGAAGAUGAAGGAAAAGAGAGUGAAAUUGAAGAAGAGUAUACGGCUAAUGUUAAAGUUGAUGAGAAUGGACUGGCGUAUGAAUUCCCUGACGCCCCAUUUGUGUAUCAGUACAGUUAUACUGAGACGCCAAAGGUGAAGCCGGUUGGGAUUAGGGAGCCGCUUGUGGCGCCAUUUGAGCCUCCGACCAUGGGAAGGCCGUGGACUGGACGGAAGCCUCUGCCACCCAGUAAAAAGAAGCUGCCAGAAUUUGAUUCUUUUAAGCUUCCGCCGCCGAAUAAGAAGGGCGUGAAGACUGUGCAGCCCCCCGGCCCAUACUUGCCUGGAUCAGGACCAAAGUAUGUUAGGUCCAGAGAGGAAGUAUUGGGGGAGCCAUUAACUAAAGAGGAGGUCAAAGAGCUUGUGGAAAGCUGCAGGAAGUGGAAGCGCCAAUUGAAUAUGGGAAGAGAUGGUUUCACGCACAACAUGUUGGAAAAUAUACAUGCUCAUUGGAAGCGACGAAGAGUGUGCAAGAUAAAAUGCUUGGGAGUGUGCACUGUAGACAUGGACAAUGUUCGCAAACAGUUAGAGGAUAAAACCGGGGGACAAGUCAUAUACAGCAGAGGGGGAGUAAUAUACCUGUUCCGUGGUAGAAAUUAUAAUUACAAACAUCGACCACGAUUUCCUCUCAUGUUGUGGAAACCUGUUACUCCUGUGUAUCCGAGGUUGAUAAAACAAGUCCCAGAUGGUUUGACUUUAGAAGAAGCAACCCAAAUGCGUAAAAAAGGUCGCAAUCUGGCACCAAUCUGUAAACUCGGUAAAAAUGGUGUUUAUUGUGAUCUCGUUAAGAAUGUUAGAGAGGCAUUUGAAGCCUGUGAAUUAGUAAGAAUCAAUUGUCAAGGUCUCAAUGCGAGCGACUAUCGUAAAAUAGGUGCAAAAUUAAAGGAUCUUGUUCCAUGUGUUCUAAUAUCAUUCGAGAAUGAACACAUUCUCAUGUGGAGAGGACAAGAUUGGAAGUCCUCCUUGGCAGAGACAAAAAAUGAUGUGGACAGAGUUGAGGAACUCGAAGCUAAUACUGCAAACAGCAUUGGGCCAAUUGUAGAAUCCCAAACAGGGCUCGUGACAGCUUCUGCUUCAAAUGCCAUGGUUCCAAUGGCAUUGAAGACCAGCACUGAAGAAAUCAGCCAAAAUCUUGAUAUUUUGAGUCUUGAAGAUGUGGAAACAGAUGGGAAUAGUGUUCGUGGGGAAGAGUUGGAUGGUGAUCUCGCCACUUCAGUAGAUUCUACGACACAUUCAGCAGAAUUUGAGAUUGAUGGGAGUCAAAAGUCGCAAUUGCAAGUCAGGGAACUUCAAACUGAUGCUGCAGCCUCUGUUGAAGGCGAAAUCGAGUUUUCGAUGGCCUCAGCUUCAACUAUUACAGCCCCAACAGAGACAAUUUCUGAAGAUAUCGACAGAAACAGUGAUUAUUUAAGUGUCAAAAAUGUGGAACCAGAAGGAAGCAGGGAUCACAAGAGAGAGAUGGUUGAUGAGGCUAUGGCUUCAGUCGAUUCUGGGAUACUUUCUCAAUGUGAUUCAGACUCUUUGACAGAUUUUAAGGGGAACAAUGAAGUAUCUGAGGUUUCAAACACUUAUCCAAACGACACCACUCUCUUUCCUCCAGGAUCUGAAAGCAUGGGUGGAAGCAAUAUUAGGGAUGAUGACCAUUCAGAACCUCUGGCUAUUGCUCCUUUGACUUCCAAUAAUUUUGAAGAUGCAUCUGAAGACAAAAUGUCUAUUGGUAAACUUUCAAAACCAAUGGCCCCUGUGUUAGAAGGGGUCCAUCUUCUUCUCAAGAUGGCUGUUGAAAAUGGCAGUGCUAUAUUGUUGGAUGAUUCGAAUUUGGAUGCCGAUUUGGUUCAUGAAAAAGCUGUUACUCUUGCCAAGUCUGCUCCACCAGGGCCUGUUUUUCAGCAUCGACUUAAGAAGGUAGAGGUUCAAGGAUGUGAUGAGCAACCAAAUGACGAUUUCACAAUGCAAAAAGCUGCCAAAGCAUCAGAACAUAGAGUUACGGUUUCAAACAAGCGAGGUACAGGGAAGAAGAAUUCCAAGAAACAAACCACUAAGGACAUUCGGUCUGAUUAUCUAAAUGUUGCGCCGCAGGGUACCCUAAGAGUAGAUGAACUGGCUAAAUUGUUAGGUUAGUGUAAGUGUUUACUAUUUGCUUCGUCUAUCCUUCACUUUUCUUCUCUUCUUAUCAAUUAAAAGGGCUGUAGGCUCGAUGGCUGGAAAUUAAGGAUGGAGUAGCCAAGUAGGAAUUCGGUAGAGGGUAAUGGAAUGAGUUUCGGUAAAAUAGUGCGCUUUUAUCUUACAACUGUAUAAAAGCAUUGUCCACGAAUUUUGUAGUCUCUUUCCUGAUUGAUAAUACAUCUUUAAUUAAUGGAAAAGGAAGAUUUUUCUCUUUAUUGAUUUAACUGAGGCCAAAGGCCUUGGAUCUUCAUUGUACACAUUAAAAACCUUGCAAGAAAGUUUUAUUAAUGGAAGUAUCCGGUGUCGCAGAACCAACAUGCGUGUUUUUGCAGGUCCAUUAUCAGCUACUGUGUUGCCGGCCUUCUGCAGAUGCUGCAAAACAGUUUCCCUGUCUUUGUUCCGAAAGAGAUAAGAAGCUUUUCACUCUUGCAUUGAUGAUAUCGUUAACAUGUUUUUCUUUUCUGAAUCACUAGGAAAACUAAUGGGAGUAAGAGGCACAGAACAGAUUUCUGAGUUGGAACUGUGUUAAAAAGAUUUUAAUGUCAGGUUUGGGGAGUUUUUUUUUUUUUUUUU